UCGAGGAACACAACUGAUCAUUUAUCUUUUCCCGCUUCCGGAAGUCAAUAUUUAAGUCAUUUCCACUACGAAAAAUUUUAGUCAGUCAAGCAGCCAUACUACCAGCAAGUGGUCCGGGUCAUUGAGAUGAAAAUUCUGGUAAUUUGUGCUCUAAUCGGUUUGGCAACGGCCGUUGAUGAGUAUGUUCCUCAUCACGUGGAUUUAUUGAUUCGCGACGGAAAGCAAUCCUCCUUUCCUGGAAGUGGUGUAAUAGUGUCUCUCAAGCAUGUCCUUACUGUGGCCAUAAACAUUAAAGGAUUUGUAGAAUGGGAAGUGACCCACGGCAAUCAAGAAUUCGGGCGCGAAACAUUGCUUUCCAAAAAUGCAUUUGCGCAUCCUAAUUUUGAUUUCUCAACAAUGAAACACAAUUUAGGAAUCAUUGUGUUGCCUAAGUCAUUGAAAGUGACUCCGGCAACAUUGCCCGUGCGACUUCCGGAACUCAAUGAAGACUCACCGAACGUUGGAGACUUUGGACUUGUGGCGACAUACCAUGGACUAGGCAAAAAGAAUGGUGAAAAAAAGUUAACAUAUGGUCCGCAUCAGGUUGUUGAAAACGCUCUUUGCGAGAAAAUAUAUCCAAAGAUAAAGAGUUUGCCGAAUUUCUUCUGCGCCUUGGAAAAUCAAUUCAGGGUCUGCGGAGGCACUCAGGGAAGCGGAUUUUUGGAAGAUGUUCAUAGAAAACGAACCUUGGGCGGAAUCUUAUCGAUUGGCGAACUCUGGGAUGAUUGCAGCACAACAAAUUACCUAGUAUAUCUCCGUAUUAGUCCUUACGCUCACUGGAUUCGCCGCAACACAUCAUAAAUAUUAUUCAUAUUUCACUCAAUUCUUCUGAAAAUUGGAAGCAUUCACUGCGAAAAAUAAAUUUCAUUUUCUAUAGAA